AUUCUUGGCAGGAGAGAGCCAGGAGCUGUCUGACAUACCUGGUUAGUCAGUUGGCCAACAUGGAGCAUUCAUUUCACCAUAUUCUUCUGCUGGAGAUUAAGAGCAUCACUGAUACCUUUUCCUCCAUCCUGAGUCCUCAGAGCAGAGACAUCUUCCGCAUGAGCAACAGCUUCACUGCCAUUGCCAAGCUCCUUACCCGACAACUGGAAACCCCCAAGGCUGGAAGUGGCAGGAUAAAAGUCAGUGCUGAAAUUGAAUUCCCUAAGAAACUAGAGGAAACUAAGCACACGGCAGCUGACAAUGAAGACCAUGAAAAACUUCAAGUUAAAAUCCAGGUGUUUGAAGACAAAAUAAACGCAGAGAACAAUACCUCUGGCUCUCUCAGAAGAUACAGUUUGAGCCAAGUGUCUAAGGAAGAAAGAAAAAACGUUCGGUUUAACAGGUCAAAGAGUUUGGCUUUGCACACUAUGCUCACGAAAGGGGUGAGUUCAGAUGAUGGAGAAGAUGGGGAGGGUGGAGACAUACCAGCCAGCAUCUCUCUUUCAGAAAUAGACCCACCUGGCCAAGGAAGUGACAAGUUGCCCUUUAAGACAGACACUGACAGAUCACAGCUGGGAAAUUCUUCAGUUUCACACCCAAAUAUUAUACAUAUAGAAUCAGAGAGUUUGCCAGAAACUGUGAAAGAAAACUUCCAGAAAGAAACUCUAGAGACAACUGCAAGUCCUACAGAAUACCAAGAUAAGCUCUACUUGCACUUAAAGGAAAAUCUCAGUAAAGUGAAACAAUAUGCCAUGGAAAUUGGAAAGAAGAUUCCAGUUCCUGAUCAGUGUACCAUUGAAGGUAAGUGCUGUGAACUUUCCAAACCUGAGAAAUUUCAGGAGUCAUUUUACUGCAAAAAAAAAAAGGUUCAAAUUGCAUAA